CUGGCCAUGUAGGAAGGAGAUCUUGUAACACAUCAUCCCAAGGAAAGAGGACUGAAGGUUUGUCACCGAGAUAAGUAUGACGGGGCUGCAGAAACCCCCAGUGUCUGCCCUGGCACUGCUCCUGGCCGCGUCCUUCCUCACCUUCUCCUGGAGCGCCCCUCAGGCUCAUUUCCAAAGGAGAAACUGGACUCCUCAGGCCAUGCUCUAUUUGAAGGGCGCACAGGGACGUCGGUUCAUCGCAGAUGAGGGCCAGAGGAAGGACCUGUAUGACAGAGUGCAGCUGGAAACACGCAGCCAUAACAGAAAUCCUUUAUCCCUUUCUGAAGCUGCUGUGCUGUUCCUUACUUCCUUACAGAAAGCACAGGAAGCGGAAGAAGAAAACAGUGAACACCCUGGCUACUUGACAGACAGUCUAUUAAAUUGGUGA